AAUACACACUGGUCCCCCCCACCCUCUCAUCUUCUCUCCCUCAGCAGCAACUGAAAAGAAGAAAAAAAGAAGAAGGAAAAGCCAGCACUUCCACAACACUAGCACCACAGUACUUCCCCGCUGCCCAUUCAUACAAAGUAGCGAGAGAAAAACAAAAGUAAAUACUACUCCCUGCAAACAUCAACCAAAGCUUUUCCUGCAGCCGAGCUAACCUGUCGGAGCAUUCCAGGGAGAGAGCUAGCAAAAUUUUGAGAGAUUUAGAGAGAGAAAGUGUGUGUUUUAGAGAUAGGGUACGAGAAUAACCAGGACUCUUGUUAAUUUAGUUUCAUUUCUAAGCUUUUAGAAAGAGAGAAACAAGAAGAGGAAAAAAAUUCCAGCUGUCUUCUGUCUCUCAGCAUAAUUCUGCCGUACAAGAUUCUUUUUCAUUUUCGUUUAUUUGUUUAACAGGUUUAUCAGCAGAAGGAUCAAUCCAUGUAAUAUUAUUAAUUUCAUAAUAUGGAAAGGGUUGCAGAAUCGAAGGCUCUUCCUGUGAAACUGCCUGUUGUGAGUCAUGUAUCGAUAAAUGCUUAUGUAGUGUCUGGGAGAGAAGCGAGCCAGGCACCCAAGCUGCAGACAGGUCUGGUAAGAGAUGUGGCGGGGCGAUUUAACGUAAAACAACCCCAAAUUACGGACUUUCCUGUGCCUGUUAGACCGUGGAAAGGAAAAGUCUCUGCAAUUAUUGAAGAAGAGUUGAUGCCUGAUGUUGUUACUUCUAAGGGCAGUGGUGAUUACUUUGAUGAAGGUUGCCCUGGUUCUUUCUCCGGGGCAAGUCAUCCACCUGAACCUAUUGAUACAGAUCUAAUAAUGAAAACAGUGUAUGUACCAAUCGGUCAAAAGAAAGCUGAGCCUCGAUGCCUUGUGAAGAGUAUGUCUGUGAAGGGGCCUUUUCUAGAAGAUCUUUCAAUCAGGGUUCCACCCAAAAAACCAAGCCUGGUGGUUCUUUCUCCAGCAGAAAGUUUGGUUGAAGAAACUAAUGACUUAGUUGCAUUGCCUACUCCAUUUUCAGUUCCUCGUGCAUCACAAAAUACAGAAAACUCUCUCCUUCCACCUGAUUCAGAAGAGAACGAUUGUGUGUGGGACACUUCUUUGCCUCCUAGUGGAGAUGUGAGUCCACAUAGCAGCAUUGACAGUACUGGUGUUGUCACAGCUAUGAGCAUUGUCAAUAGCUGCGCCAGUACAUAUCGGAGUGAUGCUAUUACAAGUGAUGGCAUGCUUAGUAUAGAUAGAAACUGUGAGAGCACAAAAGGGAGUGUUAGAGGGGAUUCACUUGAAAGUGCAAAGACUAGUGUUAGUCGAGCAAGUGACAGCAGUGGCCUUAGUGAUGACAGUAAUUGGAGCAAUAUUACUGGGAGUGCAAAUAAGCCUCACAAAGGAAAUGAUCCUAGGUGGAAGGCUAUUCUUGCCAUUCGAACACGGGAUGGAUUUUUGGGUAUGAAUCACUUUAGAUUAUUCAAACGGCUUGGGUGUGGUGACAUUGGCAGUGUUUAUCUCUCAGAGCUGAGCGGGACUCGGUGUUUUUUUGCAAUGAAAGUAAUGGACAAGGCUUCCCUUGCAAGCAGGAAAAAGUUGACAAGGGCUCAGACAGAAAGGGAGAUUUUGCAGUUGUUGGAUCAUCCAUUUCUGCCGACUUUGUAUACUCAUUUUGAGACAGACAGAUUCUCAUGUUUGGUAAUGGAAUACUGUCCAGGAGGUGAUCUGCACACUCUGAGGCAACGACAACCUGGGAAACAUUUUUCUGAGUAUGCUGCAAGAUUUUAUGCGGCAGAGGUUUUAUUGGCACUUGAAUAUCUUCACAUGCUUGGAGUUGUUUACAGAGACUUGAAACCUGAAAAUGUCCUUGUCCGUGAUGAUGGCCACAUAAUGCUUUCAGACUUUGACCUUUCCCUUAGAUGUGCAGUUUCACCAACCCUGAUAAGAGCCUCAUUUGAUUCUGACCCUUCAAAACGAGCUGUUGGUGGUGCAUUCUGUGUUCAGCCUGCCUGUAUUGAGCCUUCGUCGGCUUGCAUCCUACCUUCAUGUUUUGUGCCUCGUAUCUUCCCUCAGAAAAGUAAGAAAAAAAACAGAAAACCUGGAAAAGAUCUUGGGCUGCAAACUAGUUCACUUCCAGAACUCGUGGCAGAACCGACAGCUGCUCGGUCCAUGUCCUUUGUUGGUACCCAUGAAUACCUGGCCCCUGAAAUCAUCAAGGGAGAAGGGCAUGGCAGUGCAGUUGAUUGGUGGACAUUUGGCAUUUUCUUGCAUGAGCUAUUAUAUGGUAAAACCCCAUUCAAGGGUUCAGGAAACCGAGCUACCCUGUUCAAUGUGGUCGGGCAGCAGCUUAGAUUCCCAGAUUCACCAGCAACUAGUUAUGCUAGUCGAGAUUUGAUCCGAGGCUUACUGGUGAAGGAACCUCAACACAGGUUAGGGGUGAAGAGGGGUGCAACUGAGAUCAAGCAGCACCCUUUCUUUGAAGGUGUGAAUUGGGCUCUAAUUAGGUGUAGCACGCCACCUGAAGUGCCAAGACCAGUGGAAACUGAGCCGCCUCCUGUCAAGUCUGGGGCAGUUGACAAAAUUGGGGUCGGCAUUGUUGGCAGCAGCAGCAAAAGGAGGAUGGCUGGGACAGACGUGAGGCCUGGGGGUAAUUAUCUGGACUUCGAGUUCUUUUAGCACAGGCUUGUUUAGCUGUAUUCAGCCUGUAUAGUAAAUGUGUCAUUUGUUAAUCUUACAAGAACAUGCCUGCAUUACCCCGUUCUGAUAAUCACCUUCCUCAUAAGAGGAUAAAGCAUCA